AGAACUGUCAUGUGGCAUUUCCCAACUGCAAGAGAAUCUGCAGCCUCAAGACUGACAUUGCAGAUGGCAUGAAUCCUGGUCUAGUGUACACAAGGAAACGUAAAACUCAUUUUCAAGGCAUGAUAACCAGAACUGCAGCCAGCAGGCUGCGCUACAUCUGUUCCACAUUCGUUGCU